UUGAUACCUACACACGCCGGAGGUUGUACUCUGUGAAAGUGAGUACACCAGUAAGGGAGGAGGUGCCGUGUUGCUGUCCAUUAAUGGAAAGGCUGUGGAGGGAAAGCAGGCUUACAAAUGAACAUCCUGGAGCGACAAGAGAAGGCAGGAUGGUUUCCGAGCAGCGCAUCCUCUCCCCUCAGGUUCCAUGCAUUCGCUGCGGUGUGGAGUUAGAAAUAUAGUGCCAUUUACGCACUGUAACUACUGAUAUUCCUGUUAAACAAAUGGACGGCAGAAGGAUGUUCCGAAAGUAUAUCUUUCUCAGAUCCUCUGUGUUGCAUGUAGGAAUCCAACCAUUCUAGCUUUUUCAGUCUUCCAGAUGCAGAAGAUGGCAUAGCAACGGAUCCAAUCUUCCACCAAACUGGGGUCCCUCUGUGCACUGCAGUUGGACUGAUGUGAAGCCUUUGUUUUGGACUGGAGGAGCUUGCCCACAGCUUGUCCUGAAAUCCAUUCUCUCCUAAUUCAUGAGCCAGCAGGAUGUGGUCGCCGUGCUUUCAGAACGCCUUCUCAUAGCUGCAUACAAAGGGCAACUGGAUAAUGUUGUGCAGCUUAUCAACAAGGGUGCCAAGGUAGCCGUUACCAAGCAAUUGCUGCCUUCUGCUUUACAGCAUGGGAGGACACCUCUCCAUCUUGCGGCUUAUAAGGGUCAUCUCCGCGUUGCCCAGAUUUUGCUCAAAGCAGGCUGUGAUGUGGAUCUUCAGGAUGAUCCUGUGGAGACCAGCUCUGUAGAGUAUGAAACCCCAAGAAGUAACUCUUUCCUUCUCCCUGCUAAUCCUGCAAGCCCUUAUUGGAAUCCUGAUGCCAUCUCUGAUUGGUCAAUGAGUGUUCAUACAGCACAUACCUCAGAAAUAGUCAAGGGAAAAGUGGCCCUGGUUAAAGAAGUCAAGGAAGAAAAAGAUAAGAAAAAACAGAGGAGAAAGGCUAGAAAAGAUCCUAGAAGAUUGCAAAGAGAGAAGGAGGGUGACCAGACAGCUUUGCAUCGAGCUACCGUUGUGGGGAACACAGAUGUAAUAGCAGCUCUCAUCCACGAAGGCUGCGCUUUGGACAGACAAGACAAGGAUGGGAACACAGCUCUCCAUGAAGCCUCUUGGCAUGGAUUCAGCCAGUCUGCCAAACUGCUUGUUAAAGCAGGCGCAAAUGUUCUUGCCAGAAACAAGGCAGGUAACACACCACUACACCUGGCCUGCCAAAAUAGUCAUUCCGAAAGUGUUCGGGUCCUGUUGCUUGGAGGCUCUCGGGCUGAUAUAAAAAAUAAUGCAGGAGACACCUGUUUGCAUGUCGCAGCUCGAUAUAAUCAUUUGCCCAUCAUUAGGGUGCUCCUCAGUGCUUUCUGUUCUGUCCAUGAAAAAAACCAGGCUGGCGACACGGCACUUCAUGUAGCUGCUGCUCUGAAUCAUAAGAAGGUGGUCAAACUGUUGUUGGAAGCAGGAGCUGAUGGCACAGUCAUUAACAAUGCUGGUCAGACCCCGCUAGAAGUUGCCAGAGAACAUGACAACCCCGAGGUUGCUCUUCUACUCACUAAAGCCCCACAGAUCUUGCGCUUUAAUCGUGGAAGGAGCCUGAGGAAGAAGAGGGACAGACUGAAAGAGGAAAGGCGUGCUCAGUCUGUACCAAGAGAUGAAGUGGUGCAAAGCAAGGGCAGUGCCUCAGCUGCUGAUGACACUCACAGCAGUGACCAGGCCCUUCAGGGGAGAGGUGACAUGAAAGAGGAAGCACAGUUGCCUUUAUCAGAGCUCAGAGGGAGGAAGAAUAAAAAGAAGAAACCAAGAGAAAAGGUUUUGGCACUCUCUGAACCCACAUCACCAGCUGAUCAGCAAGUGCCUCCUAACCCACAGCAGAAUUUGCCAAAACGCAAGAGCAAGCGCCGCUGCGCAUCUCCUCCACCUCCCCAUGAAUUCAGAGCCUACCAGUUGUAUACACUUUACCGUGGAAAGAAUGGGAAAAUCAUGCAGGCACCAAUAAACGGAUGUCGUUGUGAGCCACUGAUAGAUAAAGUAGAGAACCAGCUGGCAGCCGCUGUGGAAGAAAUAAAAGCGGAGCUUGUUACAGCGCAGGAUAAGAUGAACAGCAAACUAGGUCAAAUGGAAAACAAAACUCAGCAUCAGCUCCGUGUUUUGGACAAAUUGAUGGCAGAGAGGCUGUCAGCAGAAAGAACAGAGUGCCUUCAUCGUCUUCAGGAGCAUGCCGAGUUGGAAAGGCAUGAAGGGGAGAAACGCCAGAUAUCGUUGGUGGGGGAACUGAAAGCUUGGUGCAUGCUAAAAAUUCAGAACCUGGAGUUGAAGCUUUCUGGAGACUCUAGAUCUUCAAGGCCAAAAUCAACUCUGUCUACAUGUGAGUCACUCGCUGAGACUUUGGAUACAGAGAACCUUCCUUGUACGAAGGACUGUAAAGCUAGCCAAACCCCACUGCAGUCGGAUGGUUCGCAGCAACAUUCUUGCACUGCCCUUCAGAAUAGUGUCUCGGAAGAUACUGGAAGAAGUAGAGUGCCCACAACAGAGCAGAGCUUUGGGAAGCAGUAUUUUGUUGUUCAAGAAGCCAACACUCCAGGAAUAGAGCAACAGUUAGUUGGUGCUGGCCCAACUCCCACUGCAGUUUCUCCUCAAGUUGUAAGGCCCAAAGACAAAGCAAGUUUCAGCAGAUUGAAACAAGAACUGCCACCAUCUGAAUACUCAGGCUCCAAACUGAGACAUGCAAAGGUACAAACUGUUUCCAAGACCCCUACCGAAUUUACAAAGACUGAGGCGGAGAGAGGAGGCUGCUUUAUAGAUAAAGGAACUCAAACGAAGAGGUCUGGCAGAAGUGGUCAGUUGAAGCACAGGCCUCAGCAACAUGCAGGCACCCACUCUGCAGAGCAGCUGCCGCCACCACCUGCUGUCUCUGGAGGAAAAGAGGUCAGCCCUCAACUUGCAGGCACUUCUCAAGCUCUGGAAAUCACACAGUACUUUUUUGAGGCUGUAUCCAGCCAGAUGGAGAAGUGGUAUGAAAGGAAGAUUGAAGAAGCUCGGAGCCAAGCCGACCAGAGAGCCCAGGAAGAUAAAGCACUCCUCAAAGAACAUAUAAAAAGUUUAGAAGAGGAACUCUAUAAGCUAAGGACUAAAGUGCAGAAGGAACAUUAGCAUUUGCCUGCUCUCAUGAAGUGUUGCAAAGGAACUGAUAACUUUCACAAACAACAAUUAAGCUAAUUUUAUUGGAAUUUUACACUUCUUGGGGAUUUGUGGCCUUUCCAGAUUAUAAGGAUUUUUGCUCGUGCAUUGCUCACAAGGAAUGCAGAUUGCUGCCCUCCAAGUAGCACUUGUUUUGUACAGAAACUGCAUUGAAUUUUCCUUCCCCUGUUAAAAAUGUUUCUUUUAUCCCUAUACAGUGUGCCAGUGGUGAUAGUAUAAUACAGAACAUAGUUGUGUGGCUUUUCAGUGCUGAUGAUACAGCUCUCCAGUAUGCCUGUGCCAUUUUUAUGAAUCUUGUAAAGUUUUAUUUUAUACGUAUUUAAGACAUGUUUUUGAAGCGAAGCAUUCUCUUGCUCUACCAUAUGUGCUCAUGUAUCUUUUUGAAAAUAAAAGAAUUAAGCGCCCCAAAUUA